AUGACUCCAAACGCCACCGUUGCACCUGCCCCGUCUUAUGUGCCCCGCACCGUGGCCAUGAGAAAGGAGGCAAACGAACAGAGAAAAACCCUGAAACCAUUAGUGGAGAAGAGACGCCGAGCGCGCAUCAACGACAGCCUCAACCGUCUGAAAGCGCUCGUCCUUCCUCUCACAGGCAAAGAUAACCUGCGUUACUCCAAGCUGGAGAAAGCCGAUAUUUUGGAGAGGACUGUGAGAUUUCUGAAGGAUACCCAGUCUAUUCCAUCCGAAGACAGUACUGUUAGUUUUGAAGAGGGCUAUAAAACCUGCCUGCAGCGCGUUUCUGCGCUCCUGCCGCAAACCGGCCUGGAUGCUGACAAGCGGCAGUGCGUCAACGCGUUCAUCCAGCGCUCCAUGAAACCAAACAAGCCAGCCUGCGAAAACUGCUGCGCACAGAGCUCCAGAUUCAUGUCACAAAUACAAGAAAAACUGUUGAACCUCAAAUCAAGCAGCUCGAGAAACGCCGACAAAAGCAUCUCCACGACUCUCUCGCGAGCUCAGCCUUCAGCGCUGAUGCCCGAUGCUCAAGUUUGGAGACCUUGGUAGAAUCAUCCAUACAGAGGACUCAUGCUACGAUCCUUCAGCUCAAACGUGUACAUAUUUACAUG